AUGUCUGGACGCGGCGGUGGACGCGGUUCACGUGGCGGACGAGGGGAACGAGGCUGGCGAGGAGGUAGAGGUUCUGGUCGCGGUCGCGGUCGCGGUCGUGGCGGCAACUCGUUCAGCAACCACGAUGGCAACCCACAGCAUGAGUCAAAGCCUUUUAGAGUAAAAGAGACGGACGAGCAGAGAGAGGCCCGAAAGUCAUACAGCUCCUGGAAGCGCCGUCUUGGUGAGGCUGAGACUGAUCCGACAACUAUGCGGCGCCUUUGGGAAGGUGCAUUGGGCAUACUCGAAAACGGAGAUAGAGACUGGCGCCAACAGCUCCCGCAAGAUCUCGAUGAUUCGGAUGACGAGAGCGGUCAUCGCCACAUUCUCGCCAUUCUACGCACGACGGUUGCUGGCUCAGACUACGGUACCUUCCUUGGCAACGCUCGUAAUUUCCUCCUCACGAUUACGCACUCAUCGCUCCUACGUUGUCUUGCGGUCGACACACAUGUCGGAUCGAUCUAUAACCUCUUCGGCGGGGUCGCCGGACGUACGGCGGUUCAAUAUCUGCAGCGGGUUUCCAAAGCUCUCUUAGCAGUUAAAACAGCUGUUUCCUCUGCAUUGUCUACGGAGGAUCGUCAAACAACGCUUCUGGCAAUGGCAAUGGCGCUAUUCGAGUUGUUGAGGCGGGAGCGAAGAGCACGUUUCAACGACGAUAUCAUACCGCUCGUGGACUCAAUCCAGACUGCAAGCGAUACUUGCAAGGGCUCUCCAGAUGUUUCGGCACGGACUAUCAACCGCCUCAACGAUAUUCGAGCCCUGGUAGCACGUGCGCAAGGAUUGCUAGCUGAUAGUGUAGAUGAUGAUGACAUUGGCGACCACGACGAUUCUAGUGGCCAGAGGUCUUUCUAUCCAAGAGAUCUGGUAGUUCCUUCGGGCCGCUUCGAUAACGACAAAAAGGACAUCGGUGACCUGGUACUCUUUCCAACUCGUGAUGAGAUCAUGACCGAUGAGAAAGAGUUUCUGCCAUAUACGGAUCCAGAUCAACCGCAUUUCCUUGAAGACCCCGUACAACGCCACAUCGACACUUACUUCCGGCUACUACGUCACGACAUCUUUGGUGAACUGAAAGGUUCUUUGGCUGGUAUCAUGCAUGCAGUGUCUCAAGACCCUAAUGCGCUGUCCUAUGCCAAUCUUGGAGACAUGCGCGCCAAUCAGUAUACCAACGCCCGUGUCUCCUAUGUCACACUCAAUAAGCGAAAGGGUCUGCAGGCUCAGAUGGAAUUCUCACAGCCUGCAAUAGUUCGAAAGAAGAAUGCCGAUCAGAAGGUGAAGUGGUGGGAGGAGUCGCGACGAUUCGAUGACGGGUCACUCCUGUCAUUCAUCUGGAUCCAAGAUAAUGUCGUUCAACACAUCUUCCUCACUGUCUCAGACAAGACCACGAAUCCCAAGCAGGAGUAUAGCCUCACACACCAUCACCAGAUGGCUUACGUCACGACGAGUUUGGUGACUCAAGACCGAGCAACAGUCAAAAUGCUCAUGCGCGCAAACAUUGGAGUGACCCGCGGCCUCUUGCUGGAAUUUCCGAAGGUCAUGCCGGCGACAUUUGCACCCACUUUAGAGAGCCUACAGGCUAUGCAUAGGCUGAACCGUCUGCCCUUCCGGCAAUGGAUUGUUCCAGACAAACACAGUGGUACCCAAGGGGCACGUGGAAUUCAGAAGAUUCCUCCACCUCUCUAUGCGCGCACCUCUGGCUUUCGGUUCCCAGCCACAACGCUCAUGAAGGACAAGAACGGCGAGCCAUUUUCGAUCGAACCGACCUCAUCGUGCGACGACGAGGCGCUCCUUGACAAGCUUGAGACCAAGACACAGCUGGAUCGCGGACAGUGUCGCGCAUUAGUUGCUGCGUUGACCCGCGAAUUUGCGUUCAUUCAAGGACCUCCAGGUACAGGAAAGAGCUAUUUGGGUCUCCAGAUCAUGAGAAUACUGCUGGAUAUCAAGAAGAAGAAGAAGGACCUUGGGCCCAUACUUAUCGUAUGCUAUACGAACCAUGCCUUGGACCAGUUUCUGGAACACCUACUAGACAUCGGUGUGAAAAAGCUCAUUCGUGUCGGAGGCAUGAGUAAGUCGAAGAAGCUUUCCAACCACAACCUUCGCACCAUUGGCGAACAGGAGACCAAAACUAAAUCCGAGAAGUACAUGGCGGCUAUGAGUUACAGGAACCUGGAAGAGAAUGAGAGUGAGGCUGGAAAGACCUUUGCUGGUCUUCGCGGCUUGUCAAAGCGUGCGCAGUGGCAAAAUCUCAAAGCCCAUAUCCACGAGGAAUACCCAAGAAUCUACAACCAGUUCCGUCGCGUCGAUGAUCAAGGCUUCCAGACGGCUGGCCGUCACCCAUUCGAUGUAUGGAUUGCAGGCAUUGAAACACACCAUCGUCCAGUACUAUCCCCGGAGGUCUUACGACAAGUCAUACAGAGAGCUACUGGAAAUGUGUUCUCCCUGUCAGUUCAUGAGAGGAGCGCACUGAUCGCUCAUUGGGUUUCUGAGGCUCAAAACAACAAGGUUAGCGAGCUUUUUGAGAUUGUCAACGAUGCUACCAAGACGCAACGCGAAUUGAGCAACAUCCACGAAGAGCUCAAUCGUCGACUACUAGAGGAUUCAGAUGUCAUCGGCGUCACGACCUCUGGGUUGGCAAAGCGCAUUUCAUUGCUCCAGCAGGUGAAGUGUAAGGUUAUCAUCUGCGAGGAGGCGGGAGAGGUCAUGGAGAGCCACAUGAUUUCUGCGCUUCUUCCUGAUGUUGAGCACCUGAUCCAGAUUGGUGAUCACCAACAACUCCGGCCUUCAGUCAGCAAUUUCCGCGACUUGUCGCUCGAAAGCGACCGAGGAAAGCUCCAUGCGCUUGACAGGAGUCAGUUCGAACGACUCUCAGUCGGUGAGCCUGGGCGGCCUCUUAUGCCCGUUGCUCAGCUGAACGUACAACGUCGUAUGCGCCCGCAAAUAUCCUCGCUAAUUCGCGAGACCAUAUACGACAAACUCAAGGAUCAUGCAUCUACCAUUGAGCUGCCUGACGUUGUCGGGUUGCGCCAUAACGUCUUCUGGCUUGAUCAUACCAACCUAGAGAACGAAAAGGGUAGCGAUGUACACAACACCAAGUCCAAAUCCAAUUUGUGGGAAGUCAAGAUGGUGCAUGCACUAGUCCGGCAUGUCGUUCGACAAGGUGUUUACAAGCCAGAUGAUAUCGCGGUACUAACACCCUAUACUGGCCAGCUUCAGAAACUGCGAGCUGCUAUGCGCAGCGAUUUUGAGAUUUGUCUCAGCGAUCGCGACAAAGAAGCGCUCGAGAGGGAUGGUUUUGCAGUGGACAGUGACAGCAGUCCGGACGUUGCGACACCCGAUCAUGAGAGUCAUCAAGGCAAGCCGUUAGAGAAGAAACAGCUAUCAGAGCUAUUGAGAAUUGCUACGGUUGACAACUUCCAAGGCGAAGAGGCCAAAAUUAUCAUCGUCUCCCUUGUUCGAAGCAACGAGAGGCAGAACGUCGGAUUUCUCAAGACGACAAACCGUAUCAAUGUCUUGUUGAGUCGCGCUCAGCAUGGCAUGUAUCUCAUCGGUAACGCAGACACAUACUCUAGCGUCGAGAUGUGGCAGAGGGUCAUUGGCAUGCUACGUGCGACCGACUCGGUGGCAACCUGA